GUCGCAUCAGCAACAUGAACGCUUUCUACGUACUCGCCUUUGUGACGGUGGCGGCGGCGGCGGCGGUUCCGCCCGCGGUGACAGGAGAAGCGGGCGCAGCUGCCGGAGAGCCACGCGACAAGCGCGGGCUGGCGGGCGAGGCGCUGCUGGCGCCCGGCCUGCAUGCACCGCUGCUGGGCUACGAGGCGGGCCUGCUGGGUGCGCACGGAUUGCACUCACCACUCAUCAACCCGCACCUCGCGCACUCCCUGCACAACCCACUGCUGGCCUCCUCGCUCUACUCCUCCCUCUACGGCCACGGCUACGGAUCCUCGCUCUACUCCCCGCUCGGCUACGGGUACGGCUAUCCCCCCGGCCUGCUCUCCCCAUACCUCGGCGGACACAGCCCGCUACUGGCCUCCCCCUACCUGGGCGUGCACAACCCGCUUCUGGCGCACGCCGCUCCCGCCCUCACCAUCGUCAAGUCCGGCGGCCACUCCAGCUCUAACGGGCACGGCCACGGCAAGCAGAGCUCCGAACAUUAAGUAGCUGCCAAACUUUUGUUAAUUAUUUAUAUGUUUUAAAAUAGUAACAAAUUUUUAAAUACAUAUUUUUUUACAAAA